AUGUGGUUUAAUCAUUACAACACUUCUUAUUUCAUUUCGGCAGGCUUUCAAGAUCUUAAAACAGCUCAACAAAGUCUGUUGAUUCAAUACAAUUUAAUGAAGAAUUUUUUCAGUGGUAUUUCUUGUCCUGAAUACGAUCUUGUCCAAGAAAGGUUAAAUAAUUGGAAGAAGAACUCAAAAGAAAGGAAAAAAACUUGGGAAAAUGCAAAAGAAAAUAUAGAAAUACGUAACCAACAGCUGAAAUUAAAUCUACUUAAAGCAAACAAACAAGUGCCUGAGCAUCAAGGUCAAGUGGAUGAAAGUGAAUUAAUAAUCCAAAGGAGAAAUCAACAAGUCAAUUGUAAGAUUGAUGAUGUCAAUUAUAUUGAUGAUAUUAUUGAUGGUAUCAAUAAUGAUGAAAACAUAGAUGUAUCGACAAAUCAAGCAUCACCAUCAAUCAUAUCAAUAGCUGCAGUGGACAAGGCUGACAGAACUAUUUUAUUAUCAACUGGUAGAGAUGUUAUUACAGUUUUCCGAAUGUGGGCUGUACCCAACAACAUGGAAUUUAUCCUUGAUCCCAAUGAUCGACAGAUGGCAAGAGUUUUUACCCCCACGGAGUUGGAAGAACUUAGAAACAUGGCAAAAUGCCACAUUAACUUGGCAAUUGAUAAAGAUUUGUGGGACUUUGUUGAGUCAUUUCCAAUUCAGCAUAAUGUAUGUAAAUAUGUGCGUCGUCCAACCAUAAGAGAAUACAAGAAUUAUUGUGCAUCAAAAGAACUCAAUCUUGAUCCUGAUAUUGAUGAACAAUAUCAUCACAAAAUUUAUGUUGUGAAUGCCAUUCAAGCAUUAAAUGUUGUUCAGUCCAUUCCAUCACGUGAUCGCCGUAAUAGAGAGAAUUUAAUGAAAGUAAGAGUCCAAUCAGGGAACAAACCUGAUUUUCAUUUAGUAGAAUCACCACAGCUAAUGUGUGGAGAGAUAAAAAAAGAUGAUGAUCUUGUAACAGAUCAACAAAAUACCGGAAAACUAUUGCAAGAACUUUCAGAUGAAUUAGAAUUUGCUUUUGGUAGUCUACCAAAAGAUCAACAGCAAAUUAUCAUGGAGAUUGAAGCAACAGGAUACAAGAUUCAAAAAAAACGUGUUGGAAUUUAUGUAAUGCGUGUUUUAGGGAGUGGUGUUUAUCUUGGAAAUGAGAUUGAUAGUUUUGAGAUACCAACAAUCUUACAGGAUAUUGACAAGUUGAUAGAUGGGAUCCAAAAAGUGCUCACAAGUAAAGUACGGUUUGAAGAAUCUGUCAAGCGUAUUGAAAUUGGCAAGAAAGCUGUUGGUUCCUCUUUUCCAAGGUUAGCAUCAAAUUUAUCAGUAUCCAAUUUACCUGGAAAAUUCAUCAGAGCCACUAAUCACACACCCAAAAGAGCCUGA